GCCAGCUCCAGCAGCGCGCCGCCGGAGCCCCUGGGCCUGGGCCCGCAGGCGCCGCCGGGCGCCGGGCGGGCCGCCGAGGCGGCCGCGGCGGCGGGCUCUGCCGAGGCGGCGGCCGGGCUCGGCCCGUGGGCGUGGGCGCCGGGGCUUGCGCCGCCCGGCAGGGCGGCGGGAGGCACGCCCGCGGCCGCCGCGCCGGCGCAGCACGGCGUGGCGAGCCGGCAGGUGCAGGGCGCCGAGGCGUCGGUGGAGUUCCUCUGCCGCAAGUUCGAGGCCCUGACGGCGCAGCUGCAGCACGAGGAGCGGGCCCGCGAGGCGGCGGAGCGGCGGGGGCAGUCGCUGGCCUCCGAGGUGGAGGCGGCCGAGGCGGCCCUCGUGGCCGCGCGCGCGGCCAGCGACUCGGCGCUGGCGGCGUCCCGCGCCAGCGCCGAGGGCGCUGGCCGCCGGGCGCUGCUGCAGGCCCAGAGGGCGGAGGAGGAGCACGCCUCCACCGAGCGGCUGGAGGAGCAGUGCGCCCGCCUGGCGGAGGCCUGCCGCGCGGAGGACGUGCGCUGCCGCCGCACUUUGGAGCGCCUGGCGGCCGAGGAGCGCGAGGUGGUGCAGCAGGAGUGCGAGGAGGCCGAGCUCGUGCGCCGCCUCCGGCAGGUGGAGGCUGAUGGGAGGGUGUCGCUGGAGGACCUCCGCAUCGCGCAGCAGCGGGCCCUGCUGGCGCACAACGAGGAGCACGCCCUCGAGCAGGACGCCGCGGCGCUGGAGAGCUCCAACGUCGCCCGUCAGGCGGAGAACGAGGCGUCUGCACGGCUCCUGAGCGUGGAGUCGCGGCGUCUCGCCGAGCAGGAGCACAGGGCGGAGGCGCUCCAGGAGACCAUCGCGCGCACUCGGUCCGACCACCUGGCCCUGGACCAGCGCCUGGCGGCGCUGCGCGGGGAUGGCGGGCUUCUGCGUGCUGAGGCAUCGGCUGCCAGACAGGAGAUCCAGGUGGCCCGGCGGGAGGCCGAGGCGCGUGCAGUGGAGCUGGGGCAGGAGGAGGACGCUUGUGCCGCACUGGCUGAGGAGCUCCGCCAGGUGGAGCAGCGAAGGGCUGCCGUGGCAAAUGAGAGCGCCGCGCAGCGGGCCGAUCAGGCCGAGCUCGAGUCGGCGCUGGAGAGCCUCCAGAGGCGCCGCGAGGAGGCCCUGGCCUGCAAGGGCGAGCUGGAGGCGCGCGUGGGCGAGCUGACCACCGAGGAGCAGCACCAGGCGGCGGUGGCCCCUGGCCUCCGCAGGAGCCGGCACGCGGACGACCUGGCGCUGGAGGACGUGCAGGGCGAGCUGCAGGCGGCCCUCCGCCGCCGCGAGGCGCUCGUCGGGGACCUGGCGCUCAACACGAGGGCGCACGACGCCCUGCUGCAGCAGCUCCAGCGGGUCCGGCCAGAGCUCCAGGAGGCGGACGACCGCUGCAGGUGCCUGCAGGGCGAGCUCGCGGACCGCGCGCGGGCGCUGGAGGACGAGCUCACCCAGCAGCGCCGCGCGCGCCAGGAGCUCGCCGCACUCGCGGGCCCCGCGCGCGAGUUGCGGCGCCACUGGGCAGAGGCGGAGCCGCGCCCCGCGCCGCUGGCCGCAACCUGGGGUGACGGCCGCGGGCCUCCGCCCUGCGGCGCCCGCGCGAGCGCGGCCGUGGCCGCCGCAGCGCUGGCCACUGGCGAGGCGGCCGCGCUGGCGGCGGCGCCGCCGCCGCCCAGCAGCGCCGCCGCACCCCUGCAGCGGUGCCCCGCGCCCGCGUGCGCGGAGCCUCCCGCGGCCGCGCUGCGCCUGCUGGAGCCGCGCGCCCACGGCGCGGGAGGGGGCACGCAGCGCCACGGAGGGCUACGCGGGGUCGGCCAGCCUGCACCAGCCUUCGUUGCGAGCCUGCCCGCCUCGGCCAGCGACCGGGAUG